UGUAAUUUUACCUUUCCCUCGACUUCUAAAACCCUCUCCGAAGUCCCAAGGAGAUUAGGGUUUUGGUGGAAAAUGUUUCCAUCUUCGAAUCGCUUUCUUCUUCGAAAGCUCCUUGAGAAUGGGAGUCAUUGCAGGACACACAUCAAUAUGCAACCCCAGAGGAUCUGGGGUCAUGAUGUUGCAUCUCGAUAUUUGUCAGAUAAGCCCCUUUCCUGGUCUGAAGGGAGCUAUGUGAAGCACCUACCUCCACUUUUUCAUCCCCUAUCUGGUCUCAAGCUUCCCCCCUUCCUCCCAGAUUCCUUGGAAAGAUAUCCAACAAAGAUCACAACACUUCCAAAUGGUCUAAAGAUUGCUUCCGAAGAUGCACCGGGGCCUGCUGCUUGUUUAGGGAUAUAUGUUGAUUCAGGUUCUAUAUAUGAGACUGAGGAAUCGAUUGGUGUUACCCAUCUUUUGGAAAGAUUGGCAUUUAAAAGCACAAAAAAUCGUAGCCACAUGUGCAUUGUGCAUGAUGUGGAGGUGACAGGAGGCAAUGUGGGCGCAUCUGCCUCACGUGAGCAGAUGGGGUACAGUUAUGACACUUUAAAGGCCUACCUGCAAGGGGCAGUUGAGUUACUCAUUGACUGUGUUAGGAACCCUCUGUUUCUUGAUAGCGAGGUAGAAGAGCAGUUGACUAAAGUUAAUGGCGAAAUAGGAGAAAUCGCAAAGGAUCCUCCGCAGUUUCUUCUGGAAUCACUUCACCUUGCUGGUUAUUCUGGUGCACUAGGAAACCCGUUAAUGGCCCCUGAGGCAGCUUUAAAAAGAAUCAAUGGAUCUAUUAUUGGGAAGUUUUAUUACGAAAACUAUACUGCCGAUCGCAUGGUUUUGGCAGCAUUUGGGGUGGAUCAUGAGCACUUGUUAUCUAUUGCAGAGCCUAUGUUGCAUGACUUACCAAAAGGACUUCCAGUGGAGGUGCCAAAGUCUACCUAUACUGGUGGUGAUUUUAGGCAGAAAGUAGACUCGGAGAAGACUCAUGUGGCGUUAGCUUUCGAAGUUCCAGGGGGCUGGCAUCAAGACAAAGAUGCAACAGUCCUGACUGUUCUGCAGACUUUGAUGGGUGGUGGUGGUUCAUUCUCUGCUGGUGGUCCAGGGAAGGGAAUGCAUUCUCGGCUCUAUCUUCGGGUCUUAAAUCAGUACCAGCAAGUCCAAUCCUUGUCAGCAUUCAGUAGUAUUUAUAAUGACUCUGGCUUGUUUGGCAUCCAUUCAACUACGGGAUCAGACUUCGUGGCUAAAGCAGUUGACAUUGCAGCUAAUGAAUUGCUAGCAGUUGCAACCCCUGGCCAGGUUACUGAGGUUGAACUGCGUCGUGCCAAAAAUGCCACAAAGUCAGCUGUUUUGAUGAACCUGGAAUCCAGAGCAAUUGUUACAGAGGACAUUGGAAGGCAAAUUUUGACUUACGGGUGCCGGAAACCUGUGGAGCAUUUUCUGCAAUGCUUAGACGAACUGACUCUUGAUGAUCUCACAAUAAUGGCCCAAAAGAUUGUAUCUUCACCCCUCACCAUGGCAUCUUUGGGAGAUGUUGAUUGUGUUCCUAGUUAUGAUUCGGUCAGUCGGAGAUUUCAUGCACCAAUCUGAUGCAAAAUGAUAAAUGCUCAGACUCGAGAGUAUGAAAAAUUGUUAGUGGAAGUCAAUGAAACUGGGGUCAGCAUAUUUUCAUGUCUUUUAUGAUCAUCUUUAUCACCUGUUGGUUCCAAUGUACCUUAUCUUGGACUUCCCAAUCAACAGGGCGUAGAUGUGCUGAACAUUGAAAUAUCGAUACAUGAAUAUGUCUUAGUAUCAUUCUUGAUAUUAACGCCUAAACAGCUUAGAAUUUUCCUUAUUUUCCCCAUUCAUCCCCCACACCCCAGGAUUAUAUUGGUGAUACACAGUAAUGAUAUCCUGCAUGUUGUCAAUA